AUGUCGAUGGAUCUGGAUGCCCCCGUCUACAUGCAACAGCAGGAGCAGGUCGCCGCGACUAUCCUGUGUUGCAACUGUGGCGCACCCAUUGAUGGAACCGUCGCCGCCGGAGCGCUUUGUACCGACUGCAUCAGGCUCUCGGUCGAUGUCACUCAGGGCAUCCAGCGUGAGGCUACCCUCCACUGCUGCAAGGAUUGCGAGAGAUGGUUGCAACCCCCCACCAGCUGGGUCGUCGCGGCCCUCGAAUCUAAGGAGCUUCUCGCCCUGUGUCUCCGUCGUCUUAAGGGUCUCAACAAAGUGCGCAUUAUUGACGCCUCAUUCAUCUGGACCGAACCCCAUUCUCGCAGAAUCCGAAUGAAGAUUACCAUUCAACAAGAAGCCUUCGUUGGUACCAUUGUCCAGCAACAAUUCGAAGUCGAGUUCGUUGUGGCCUCGCAGCAGUGCCCUGACUGCCAGAAGUCUUUCACUCCCAACACCUGGCGAGCCUCCGUUCAAGUUCGCCAAAAGGUCCCCCACAAGCGAACUUUCCUCUUCCUUGAGCAGGUCAUUCUGAAGCAUGGCGCUCAUCAAGAUACGGUCAACAUCAAGGAGGCCCCCAAUGGUCUGGAUUUCUACUUCUCCGCAAGAAACUCCGCCGAAAAGAUGGUGGAAUUCUUGCAUUCCAUCGUUCCCUGCACAUCUAAGAAAUCCGAAGAGCUUAUCAGUAUGGAUAUCCAUACCUCCUCGCGCUCAUUCAAGUUCUCCUUCUCCGUCGAAAUCAUUCCCAUUUGCAAGGAUGAUCUCGUUGCGCUCCCAUUAAAGCUAGCCCGCUCUCUAGGGAACAUUUCGCCAUUGACCCUGUGCCACCGAGUUGGAAACGCAGUCAACCUUAUUGACCCGCAAACACUCCAAACUUGUGAAGUUCCCACCGCCGUCUACUGGCGCAACCCCUUCAAGAACCUUGCAGACAUCACAGAACUGCGAGAAUUUAUUGUUAUGGAUAUCGAAUCCACCGGCCAGUCCAAUGGACGAUUCCAAUUGUCAGAGGUGACUGUGGCUCGCGCCUCGGAUCUCGGACGCAACGACAUCACCUACUUCACACGCUCGCACCUCGGUAACGUCAUCCACGUCGGUGACUCAGUGCUCGGAUACCACCUCACAGGAGCCAACUACAACAACGACGAAUUCACGGCCAUCGAGAACAGCCACCAGUACGGCUCUCGAAUCCCCGAUGUCAUCCUCGUCAAGAAGCACUACACUCGCAGCAAGAAGUCCAAGCGUAACUGGCGUCUUAAGCGUAUGGCUCGCGAGUAUGAGGAGGAAGCCACUGCCCCUGUUGUCAAUGUUCCCACCACAAAGAGACAGGAGCAAGAGCAGGCCCGUAUGGAGCAGGACUAUGAGAUGUUCUUGCGCGAUGUCGAGGAGGACCAGGAACUGCGCCAGACUCUGGACCUGUACAAGGUGCGCCAGCAGCAAGCCCAAGAUCACCAGAUGGAGAUGGAUGAGGAAGAUGAUGAGGAAGAUGGUCUUGAGGGUGGCCACGCUGUGCCUAAGAUCAACAUGGAUGAGCUGCUUGAUGACUUUGACGAGCUCAACAUGGGCGAAUAG